CCUUCUUCUCCCUCCCUCCUUCUCCCUCCUUCUCCGUUCGUCCGUCCGUCAUGGCGGCCCCGGCCCGGUUUGGGCCGUGGCUGUGGCUGUGCCUGUGUCCCGCCCUGUUGUCCCCGGCCGCCGCGGUGUACGAGGACCAAGUGGGCAAGUUUGACUGGAGACAGCAGUAUGUGGGGAAACUCAAGUUUGCCUCCUUGGAAUUUGCCCCAGGAGCCAAGAAGCUGGUGGUGGCCACGGAGAAGAACGUGAUGGCCGCUUUGAAUUCCCGCACGGGGGAAAUCCUGUGGCGUCAGGUGGACAAAGGCACCGCGGAAGGGACGAUCGACGCCAUGCUGCUUCAGGGGCAAGACGCAAUCACCGUGUCCAACGGAGGCCGGAUCCUCCGUUCCUGGGAGACCAACAUCGGAGGCUUGAACUGGGAGACGACGCUGGAGCCUGGCGCUUUCCAGAUGGCCAACCUCGUGGGCCCGCAGGAUGCCGUGAAGUACGUGGCGGUGCUGAAGAAGACCUCGCUGGCCCUCUAUUACCUCUCCCACGGGCACCAGAAGUGGACGGACCACCUUCCGGAGAGCGACUCGGUCCGGUACCAGCUGGCGUACUCGCGUGGCACCGGUGCGGUGCAGGUCGUGGGAGCCGUCCCCCAGAGCCACGUGAACAUCGUCACCGUCAACGUGGAAGACGGAGAGAUCGUUCGGCAGGUGCGGGUAGCCGCCCCGUGGCUGAGGGGGCUGAAGGGGGCCUGCGGCGUGGUGGGCGAAGCCGUGUUGGUGUGCGCCGACCCCGGCACCCGCUCCCUCUACACCUUGGCCCUGGAGACGGAGGCGGAGGCGAAGCAAGUCCCGCUGAAGACCCUGGAGCUGGACUUUCAGGAUGGUUUCCAGCCGCGGAUAGUGGCCACCCAGCCCAACCUGGCGGGCGCUUCCCGGGCCCAGUUCUUCGUCCAGCUGUCGCCCAGCCGGUUCGCCCUCCUCCAGUCCCGCCCGGGGGGCCUGAGCCUGCUCCGCCACUUCCCGCAGGCUGCUCUGGUGAGCUUUGCCACCACGGGGGAGAAGACCGUAGCUGCCGUCAUGACCUGCCGCGGUGAAACGCAGAAGGCUGGCAGCGUCGAGGACGGACCAGCGGACAGCGCCGCGGACCUGCGGAGCGCACAGGACGCCGCCGCCUGUCCCAACCAAACCUACAGCAUCAACCUCUACUUGGUGGAGACGGGCCGCCGGCUGCUGGAGACGACCAUCACCUUCAGCCUGGAGCAGAGCCAAGCCCGGCCGGAGCGACUUUACAUCCAAGUAUUCCUGAAGAAGGACGACUCGGUGGGCUACCGGGCCCUCGUGCAAACGGAAGACCACGUUUUGCUGUUCCUGCAGCAGCUGGCGGGGAGAGUGCAGCUGUGGAGCCGUGAGGAGUCCCUGGCCGAGGUGGUGUGUCUGGAGAUGGUGGACCUACCUCUGACGGGGGCCCAGGCUGAGCUGGAGGGAGAAUUUGGCAAGAAGGCAGCCAUUCAAGACGGCCUGCUGGGGAUGUUCCUGAAGCGCCUGUCCUCCCAGCUCAUCCUGCUGCAGGCCUGGACCGCCCACCUCUGGAAGAUGUUUUACGACGCCCGCAAGCCCCGCAGUCAGAUCAAGAACGAGAUCAACGUCGACAACCUGGCCCGAGACGAGUUCAACCUCCAGAAGAUGAUGGUGAUGGUCACCGCCUCGGGCAAGCUGUUCGGCAUCGAGAGCAGCUCCGGCACCAUCCUCUGGAAGCAGUUCCUGCCUGACGUGAGGCCGGAGGCCUCCUUCAAGCUGGUUGUCCAGAGAACCACGGCUCACUUCCCCCACCCGCCGCAGUGCACCCUGCUCGUCAAGGACAAGGAAUCUGGGCUGAGCUCCCUGUACGUCUUUAACCCCAUCUUUGGGAAGUGGAGUCAGGUGGCACCCCCGGUUCUGAAGCGCCCCAUCUUGCAGUCUCUACUGCUGCCCAUCAUGGACCAAGAUUACGCCAAAGUCCUGCUGCUGAUCGACAACGAGUACAAGGUGACAGCCUUCCCAGCCACAAGAAACGUCCUGCGCCAACUAGAAGACAUCGCUCCUUCCAUCUUCUUCUACUUGGUGGAUGCAGAGCAAGGAAAGCUGUCUGGAUUUCGGCUGCGGAGGGAUCUGACGACGGAGCUGAGCUGGGAGCUGACCAUCCCGCCGGAGGUGCAGCGGAUCGUGACGGUGAAGGGGAAGCGCUCCAGCGAGCACGUGCACUCCCAGGGCCGCGUGAUGGGGGACCGCAGUGUGCUCUACAAGAGCCUCAACCCCAACCUGCUGGCCGUGGUGACGGAGAGCACAGACCUGCACCACGAGCGCACCUUCAUCGGCAUCUACCUGAUCGACGGCGUCACCGGCCGCAUCGUCCACUCCUCGGUGCAGAAGAAAGCCAAGGGCCCCGUCCACAUCGUGCACUCGGAGAACUGGGUGGUGUACCAAUACUGGAAUACCAAGGCUCGGCGCAAUGAAUUCACGGUGCUGGAGCUGUACGAGGGCACGGAACAGUACAACGCCACGGCCUUCAGCUCCCUGGACCGCCCUCAGCUGCCUCAGGUCCUCCAGCAGUCAUACAUCUUCCCGUCGUCCAUCAGCGCCAUGGAGGCCACCAUCACCGAGCGUGGCAUCACGAGCCGCCAUCUGCUCAUCGGACUGCCCUCCGGGGCAAUUCUCUCCCUCCCGAAGGCCCUGCUGGAUCCUCGCCGACCUGAGAUCCCCACGGAGCAGAGCAGGGAGGAGAACCUGAUCCCGUAUUCUCCGGACGUGCAGAUCCACGCAGAGAGGUUCAUCAAUUACAAUCAGACCAUCUCCCGCAUGAGGGGCAUCUACACAGCUCCCUCGGGCUUGGAGUCCACUUGUCUGGUCGUGGCCUACGGGUUGGACAUUUACCAGACGCGAGUCUAUCCGUCCAAACAGUUCGAUGUGCUGAAGGACGACUACGACUACGUGCUGAUCAGCAGCGUCCUCUUCGGCCUGAUCUUCGCCACUAUGAUCACCAAGAGGCUGGCCCAGGUCAAGCUGCUGAACCGGGCCUGGCGGUAAGGAACGGAAAGCCGCGGGCGGAGAGGUGGAAGUCCGAGGGCGACCCUGUCUUAUCUCCAGUGAGGAGCCGCCGUCGGGAUUGCUGGGAGUUGAUGGAUCGGGGAGAGGAUGCGAGAGAAGCAACUGCGGUUCUCAUCUCCGAUGGGGCCCGUGGGAGCCCCGGCCGGGAUGGAAGAGAGAACGUGGUUGCCGUGAAGAUGCCGUGAAGACGGCCUCCCCGCGGUGCCCCGUGGGCAGAGAUUAAUCAAAAACUUCAGGUGUCCCGAAAGACCUUUGGAUUUUUCCCGGCCUUCCCUCUUUCACUUUUAUCCCCGGCCACCUCCGUCUCUUUCCAGUUCUCUUCAGAUUAUCCCACCGGGAGCUGGGUGGAGAAGGGAGCCCCGUCAGAUCCCAGCCCUCUCCCGUUCCCUGUCGGCUCACUCCCUCACCCCCCUGGAUGUUCCCUGCUCCUCUUCCCUGAGAAUCUUAGGUAGGAAGUCCUUGAAUUGGUUCCCACAAUUGUUCAGAAACCCUCAUAGUAAGCGCGGUAGCUACUGUCCGGUGGGGAUGGGAAUGGAAAAAUGACCUGCUCAAAAAAGGCGUUGACCCCACCCUCCCAUUUCUUUCUCCCUUCCAGGGAAUUGGGAGGAAAACAAGCAUGUUGAUUUUGCGACGUUACUUAUCACGACCUUGUUUCCUUCCACCUUUUUUUAAUUUAUUAUGGUUAGUCCAUACAUUUUUUCAUCCUUCCCUACUCAAAUGUCAGACCCACAAAUAUAUCCCGUGUAGCUUAUUCCCAGCAGCCUAGAGAGGCUUCAUUGGCCAUUCCCUCGCCUGAAACGGGUUUGGAGACAAAUCCGUCGAUGGAAAAUCCAGCCCCUCCUUGUUGGAAAUGAUCAUUUUGGGGACCUUAAAGUUCAUUUUCUGGGUUGAGGUUGCCAGCUUCACUGAUCCUUUUGUUCUCCCCAGUAGAGUCGUGUCUCUUGAAGGGGCUGGCUAGGGAAGACAUCCUCUACGCUACUUCCCAGCUCCGGAGAGAUUGGGGCUUGGUUUAGUUCUUAUUUUUUUCUUUUUCUUCUAAGGAGAGGCAGGCGUGCAGCCUGAGAUUGAGCAGGGGCUGGCUAUCUCAGCUCCUUAGGUGGAAAUAUGUCCGGUGGAUCCGAAUAAAAGUGAUGGAUCGAAUGGCA